AUCUACGUGUAGCAAUAUGGCAGGGCCAGACUCGAUAUCGGUAUUCGCAGAGGGAACCUUUGAAGAGCAGGUACAAGAACUCGUAGACUACAUUGCCCGUACGAGACCAGAAACCGAACAGGCCGAGUUCAAACGGCCCUUUGCGGAUAGCUUAAAGACGUCGGAAGGCCAAAAGCCUAUAGCAGAAGAUGAAGAAAGAAAGCGCAACGUAAUCUCGCAAGUAGUUGGAAGUGUGGAUGGGUUAGGCGAAGGUUCCGACAGAGAAAUUGAAGGAUUUUUCAAUUUGCUCUUUUCAUACCUGAUCGAUGUCUAUACAUUGGAUUCUCAAUCUCUUUCGCGAGAUGUGUCAAGAAUACUAGAUGUUAUCUCGAACCAAAGUGCCAAAGAGCACGUUUCAAUAAAGUAUCGGAUCCUCGCAAAUCUCUUUAACGCAAUCCCACGGACAUCGCCUGUUCGGCUUGUUGUAUGCAAGACUCUAUUAAGGCUUGCUGUGGAGAAUGAUGAGCUGGAUAACCUGCGUCUCAGGACCACUGAUGUGGAUAGAUGGUUGAACGAAUGGAAUGCCUCCGCGGAAGAGAAGUGCGAAUUUUUAAAAAACGUGGCGGAUGCUUUCGCUUCCGCGGGUCAACUUGAAACGGCUUUUGCCUUCUCGAUUUCUCACGUAAGAUCAUUGCCACCUUCAGAAUCGACCAGGCCGAGCCUGCAGCUUAUUGCGUUGGCCCUUCGAAUUCCAACGGUUUUUGACUUCGACCCAGUGCUUAAAUUGGAAAGCGUCCAAACCUUGAAUGGUAGUCAACUGUACGGUCUCCUCAAUAUCUUCAACAAGGGAAGCCUAGGUGAAUUCAACUCAUGGAAAGAGAAGAAUCAGUCAACUGUAAAUGAGUACCAACUCGAUGUGGAUCAGUUGGAGAAAAAACUGCGAUUGCUGGUGCUGUCAGAACUUGGAUUUGCCAAAAUCGGACAGAAUAUUCCUUACAGCGAAAUUGCAUCCUCACUGCAAGUCGAAACCUCCGAAGUGGAGAAAUGGGCUAUAGACGUCAUUCGGUCCGGGUUGCUGUCUGGAAAAUUGGCGCAGACUACACAGACACUUCAUGUCGUUCGCGCUUCUCCGCGCGGUUUUGCCAUAGAACAGUGGGCUGAGCUCGAAAAACGGUUACUCACAUGGAAGGAAGGGCUUGCUGGUAUCCAGAAUGUUCUCUCCGCCACCCGGCAGUCUAUUAGUUCAGCCGUAGUACCAGAGCAAGCCGCUUAACGCUCAGCUCUCACGGAGUCACCGGUUGUAGUAUCUUCCAAUUCCAUGUGCCGUUGCUUUAAUUUGUUCUGUGAUACAGUGAAUAUUAUUGCUUUAGACACCG